UCAGUUGUGUCAAGCUAGGCGAUCGAGUAGGACGCAUUUUGAUCGUUCCGCCUCCGAGUUACUCUCUCACGAACACACACACACAUACACACGCCUCAUACACCUACACACUCACACCCACACUUUCUUCCUCUCUUCCUUCCUUUUUUUCUCUUUUUUCCCUCUACCUCUGCCACGUCUGUCUCCUUCCACGCUACUCUUUCACAGUACACCGACACACAUCCGCCACGGGACGCACCAGUAACACACAAGCGCCAGGAGCCGCGGCAUAAAAGCGCUCGUACAACAGACGCACACACAGACAGACAGACACACACACACACGCGCCAUCCAUCCAUCCACAUCCAUCUGUUUAUCCAUCCAUCCAUCUAUCCAUCCAUCCCCAGUCAGCCAACAAGCAGUCCUUGCCCGUCUCGCGCCUCCUUCGUCUCUCUUCGCGCCCAGCACUCGGCUCUCCGCGCUUCCGUUUUUACCCUUUCUUCGUCUCGACCGGCGAGGCACGCGCGCGUACGAACCACCGUACGAACAGGCACAACACCCCCAACGUCCACCACGUCCAACGUCACCGCUCGCCGUCUUUGCGACGCGCGGCCGCCCGAAUAAAACGCUGAAGAAGAAGUGAAGACAACCGAGCGACGCCAGUAAGACCACGUGAUCGGCGCCGCGGAGAGACUCCCCCCAGCACACGCUUAAACGCUACCUCUUGCUUUCUGUCUGUACACCGAGUACGCAUGCAUAAAGCAGCCCUCUGACUGCGCGCCCUAUUGUCUCCCCCUCUCUGACCGUGUGUGUGUCUGUGUGUGUCUGUGUGUGUCGAGCGCGAGCCACCGGUUGUCGUGGAGCGACAGCUUGCCGGACUGAACUGCGAGCGGUUCAAGGUCGUCGUCGUCGUCGUCGUCGUCGUUGUCAUCGUCUCCAUCGACUCGUUUACGUGACACACACACACACCGUCGACACCGGGGACAAACUGGGCACCACGAGGAAUUGGCGACCGGCUCCACCUGACUCUGAACACCGGUUGCUCGCUGCCGACAGGAUUAUGUCGAGCUGAUCGAAGGAAACAGAGAGGCGCAAGAGAUUGACAUCCCGCGAAGGCAACUCGCCGGAGUCGAGUCGGCGCAAUACCUAACCCCGCGAAAAGACGCGAGACCGACCACGCGACACUGUCCUACCUCGGCAAAGUACCGCUCUCCCGCGAUCGUCUCGAGUGGGAGCGAUCGAAAGAGGGAAAGAGAAAAAUUGAGAGGAGGGCAGAGGCGACAAGAGGCACGCGUGUCGCGUUUUUCGCUCCGUCAAUUAAGGGCAUCCCUAAUUAAGUCACUUCUAAAAACGGUAGUCGUUCGGACGUUAAAUCGCCGUGAGCAACCCUCGCGCCGAGACCUGAGAGAAAAUCUCGAGUAUAGAGUAAUAGAAGGAGAGGGUUUCGAGUUUUAAGUACGUAUGCCUGUGCGUGUGUGCGUGCCUGCGUCGUGUAUGCGUGUGAGUGUGUGCGCGUGUGUGUGUAUAAAACGAGUCUCGUCGUGUCCUAGGUCUUAGGUAUAAAGAGUAAUAAGGGUUAACGUAUAAGGGAAAAAGUAAAAAAAAUUUAAUAAAAGCAUCGAGUCAUCUGCGUCGUAGAUGGCCGUCGAGGAACAAAGAGAAUCGCGUCAAGACAAUCAAGCACUGUAGUGGGUUGGGACAUAUCGGUGGAAGGAGAGGGGAAACACCGCGACACUUUCUUUCCGGUCGGGACGGUAAUGUACGUGUCUAUUACGGAGUAACACGGGUCGUGCGCGAUCGACCUACGCGUCUUUAUGUGAUCUCCAGCCUCUGUACCGAUUCUACGUGUGUACACGCUCUAUAUCGAUAUCUAUAUAUAUAUAUACACACACAAUCGUUAUAUAUACAUACAUAUAUAUAUACAUAUAUAUUUACACUUAUAUACAUACGUUUAUAUGUAUACAACCCUCGCACAUAUCCGAUCGACGCGCCGCGAGUCGCCGGCGCGCGUGUCUCGAAGGCGGGAUAAUCUCAACGAGAAGGAAACUGCCGCGAGGCGGCAGGUGAUCGAGGCCGAUUAAGAUAAAAGAGGGAAGCCCUCGAGGAUCUCUCUCUUCUCCCCGGUCCGGCGAUAGGACCUGUCUCUCUGUCAAUCUUCGUGACAAUCAUUUUCAGCUAGUACUCUUAGUGUGUAACUCGAGGUGUAUCGUCUUUUUUAAUAGGAUACAUUCGCUCGUCGAAUUAGCAGGGAGGGUUUAUUAUUCUGAGAAGAAAGGGAGGUGUAGGUAGAAGGGAGGAUAAAUAGAAAGAAGAAGGAAAGGAGAAAACGAGAGGAAGCAAGAAGAUUUCACGUACCUACGUCGUUUCAAUUACACGUACGAGCAGAGAGAGAAUCGUGCGAAGCGAGAGACGAGAGUUCCGUCUUCCCCGUCUCUCCCUCUCGCGCGCCUCUUCCGCACACUCUAAGUACAUAUUAAUCCGCGCACGUAAAUUCCCCUCUCUUUCCGUCUUUUGCCUGUUGCCACCACCCGCCCCCGCGACCUCUGACUUCCAUCUAUCUUAAACACAUACUCUUACUGUCGUCGUCGUCGUUGUUGUCAUCCUUCUCUUCCCCCCUGCCCUCCACCCUCUCCGCUCACGUUCACACACCGACAAUCAUUCGAGGCUCACAUCGUCGACGACGGGUUUCGCGUUCCACGCCGCGACGUCAUUCGUCCUAGGAUAAACUCGCACGUACCAUUUUAGGGCUCUCUCCUCGCUGUCUCGAUUGCACGUGUAGAUAACGCUUAGACCAGGUCGUCGUGUUGUAUAUCGAUAUUCCUAAGAGUAGCGAUCGCGCGUGUUCUGUCUGUGUGUGCGUGUGUGUGUAUGCGGGGCUCUGUGUGCGCGCGUGUGUGUGUGCGUACGACCAUAGCACGUAAGUAGAGACAGUCCGGUCUGUCCGUCACCCCUCCUCACCGUAACGGUGUUACGGCAGCAAAGUCCAGCUCGCGAUCAGCUUGGCCAGGCCGAAGAGGCGGCUGGUAAUCCGGCGUGGCACGCGCUGCCUUCCUCUAACGCCCGGACGACUACACGUAGAGCAAACGUACGCGCUACAUUAGAGCCGAACGUCGCGAUCCGUUCGAGAUCCGCGACUCGAUCACCAGCACCGUGCCCUCUCGUCGCUGCUGCCCCAUCGAGAUCGGCGUAGCGCUCGCGACGGGAAAUCGGCCGGUCGACAACGACGAGUCGAGUCGAUCGCGCGCCGUGCAAAAGCAAGAGAGAACGACGGUCGGUCAAGCGUCCAGUCCCGCGGGGAGGACGAGCGGGGAAACGAAGGCGAGAGAGACGCGAGGGAGACCAGCAGCAGCGGGCUGCUUGAACGGCGGGGGCGAGUGGCGCGGGCAGGAGUACGACAGCAAAGGCAGGAAGUGCUGCACCACCUUCAAGCUGUGGUGGCCCUCGCACGAGUGGAGCAGCAGCCGCUCGUGCAAAACGGAAGCACGCUGCCAGGCGUCGCUGGAGCGCGCCUACUGGAACGCACAGGAACGCGCGCGUACCACCUUCUGGGGUCUGCAGUCGUUGGCCGCGGCGAACCGCAGCUUCUUCCUGCAUCCCGCGCCGAGCAAGACCUGGCUCGCGGAGGCGAUCGCCGCCGACGAGGCACGCUCCCCCAUCACCACGUAUUUUCAUUCGUACCCGUUCGUCCCGGGUGGUGCGGUGCCCCUGCCCCCGCCCCUGCUAAACAGCAUCAACAACGCGGCGGCAGCAGCGAUCACCCCGGGGCUGGUAGGACAUCUUUUCGGUGCUCAGCAGGCGUGCAAUCUCGCUUGCACGUGCUCUUGCAACAUCGUUGCUAACUGCAACCCCCAUCAUCACCAGCACCACCACCAUCAGCAGCAGCAACAACAGCACCAGCAUCAACAACAGCAACAACAGCAUCAGCAGCAACAGCAGCAGCAUCACAGGACACUCGGUACCACGGCGGUCCUGCUGCAACCGGUUGAUCAUAUCAAAGACACUAUGGUAAGAAUUCCAGACCUUUCGAAUUUUCGUCCGUUUCCUACAGCACCGUUUCCGGUGGUGAGUGUCCAGGAAUUCCAGUACGCUCGCGGGACGGGCGCGUCCCUGACGAUGAGGGGUAGCGACGAACUUCUGUCGCAAAGCGGGGCAGUCAGCAAUGGUGCUUCAAUGAGUCCUCAACCUCAUCACGCGGCCGACAACAACAAUGACGCCAAGAAGGUUAAGCUCGACAAGAGUCACAGCGGCAAGCCUUCCAGAGUCAUUCAUAUCAGGAACAUACCUAACGAUGUGUCAGAGCAAGAGAUCAUCCAUCUGGGCGUACCCUUCGGCCGCGUCACCAAUGUCCUCGUUCUCAAAGGCAAGAAUCAGGCAUUUCUGGAAUUGGCGGACGAGGGUGCUGCGGCUACCAUGGUGACCUACUAUGCUUCCGCGAUAGCCCAGCUCAGAGGCAGAGCGGUCUAUGUGCAGUUCAGCAAUCACCGCGAACUCAAGACGGAUCAAACGCACUCCAACAACGCGGUCAGUAGCCCAACAAAUGAUGUCGCCAACACCUCUGAGAAUCCGAACAACCAGGUUGCGAUCUCCGGGCAGAACCAGGUAGCCGGCGCCGGCGAGACUCAAGGCGGGCCCAACACGGUUCUUCGAGUCAUCGUGGAGCACAUGAUCUACCCGAUCUCCCUCGACAUACUCUAUCAGAUUUUCACGCGCUUCGGCAAGGUCCUGAAGAUCGUCACCUUCACAAAGAACAGCUCCUUCCAGGCACUAAUACAGUAUUCGGACAUGCUGUCGGCGCAGACCGCUAAAUACUCGCUUGAUGGGCAGAACAUCUACAACUCCUGCUGCACACUGCGCAUCGACUACAGCAAGAUGCAGAACCUCAAUGUCAAGUACAACAACGACAAAUCCCGUGACUACACCAACCCGAAUCUUCCGACCGGCGACGCUAACCUGGACGCGGCGUCGAUCGCCCUCGGCGGCGAAUUACUACCCCAAUUGCUCAUGGGUGCUGGUUCCCAACCACGUGCUAGAAUACCCGUAGAGUCCAUUACAGGGGCACCGAGUGUGCUGCCCACGCCCUUCGCGGCUAUGCACGGCCUCCCUUCGCCCUUGGCUGGCCCUUACAACGGCGUACCUCCUGCCGGAGGCCUCGCCGGCCUUAGCGGAUUUCCCCUCGGCGCUGCUGGUCUCGGAGUACGAGUGCAGGGAAGCGGACAAGCAUCGGCGGUACUGUUGGUCAGCAAUCUCAACGAAGAGAUGGUCACGCCUGACGCUCUCUUUACCCUGUUUGGCGUUUACGGGGAUGUACAGCGUGUGAAGAUCCUCUACAACAAGAAGGACUCGGCACUAAUACAGAUGGCCGAACCUCAUCAGGCGCUUUUAGCGCUGACCCAUAUGGACAAAUUGAGAGUGUUUGGCAAGCAAAUCAAAGUGAUGCUCAGCAAACACCAAACGGUUCAAUUGCCAAAAGAAGGUCAGCCAGAUGCGGGCCUGACGAAGGACUAUACCAACAGCACGCUCCAUCGAUUCAAGAAACCUGGCUCCAAAAAUUACCAGAACAUCUAUCCACCAAGUGCAACCCUGCAUUUAUCGAACAUUCCAGCCACGGUAGCUGAAGAAGAGAUCAAGGAUGCUUUCACCAAGAACGGCUUCACCGUGAAAGCCUUCAAGUUCUUCCCGAAGGACAGGAAGAUGGCUCUCAUACAGAUGCCUAACAUGGACGAUGCCGUGGCUGCGCUGAUCAAAAUGCACAACUACCAGCUCAGCGAGUCCAACCACCUCAGGGUGUCAUUCUCUAAGAGCAACAUCUAACAAGAAUCGCCACCACACGAGCAGCAGUGGUACCAGCCCUACGCCCUAGUUCCCCUUUGGUCACCCGCUUCGGUCUACGACUGAUGGUCCCGCAGUUGGAUCCGCUCAGGUGCUCGUCCGUUCCAGUGAAAAUUGCAACGCGCUGGUUGUUUGUUGGCCGCAUUGUGCCGCAACCCCCAUACACGGGACUCUAUCGCACAUUGGGACUCUGAAGCAGCACAAGAGGACAGGAGCUACCUCCUCCGAGCGAGCUUAGGAUGCUUUCGAGGCCUUGUCCUUGUUGGGACGUAUCUACGGCACGAACGUGUCCCCGCAUCCGGUUGAUUCUGUCGAUUCGAGGGUUGCUAGGGUGUUAAGAGAGAGAAACAGAGAGAGAGAGAAAGAAAGAUAGAGAGAGAGAAAGGAGAUAUAUACACAUACACCUACAUCCCCACAUAAAAUAAAACUAGGGCUGCUGAACUAGGAAUGCUGAAGCUAAGCGGCAAAAUGCCGACGAGUCCGCGACGGCCUCUUCUCGAUAGUAGUUCCGGUGCUGGCUUUCGAACGUGGUGCGCGAUAAUUUCAUAAUUUCAGAUGACAAAGAACGAUCUUUUCGAUGAUGACUGUCGUGAUCUGAGGGUACGAUCGAACAUUGUUAUGAAAGCCAGGACCGUCGCGCCGUAAGGAGUAAGAAAAUAUAGGAAAGAAGGAGAAAGAAGCGAAAGGGAAAAAAAAGGAUAGGUAACAAAAACAAAAGAUAGAGAAACAAAAGAAAAAAACAAAGAGGAGAAAGAAGCGAUGAAAGGAAGAGGUCCCGGCUUUGCCGGGUGUUGUUUCCGGGAUGGAAGACCUGACGGAAGCAAGAGAGAAGAGAAGGGAGAUUAGGAUUAGACGGGAGCGAGGAAGCGGCGCACAGCUGACGGACAGUCCUCGACUCUUGUACAGAAUUUAACGCUAGGAAAGAUAAGACAUACUGUACAUGUAAAAUCUACGAUCGUGCGGGUCCUGGUCGUCAAGGCCGCGACCGCGGCGCCGAUCGCCACACUGAUUACGGUUAAGGGUUUUUUCAAGUUGCAUGGACACAAGGCCGUGCCGUUUCACGGCGCGCCCGUGUAUCAGUUUCGGAAGCAGGUCUCCGUCGUCAGCGUGUGGUUCGACGAGCUGGUGCGUGCGAGCGACGAUAGACAGAACGAGGGUAGGAGGGAAGGAAAGAUCGCGAGGAUAGCUAGCGUGCGUUUCAGGGUAAUCGUCUCGCUCGUCGUACACGGUCAUGCGCCACGCGUGAGGGGGUCAGAUGUCGUCCGUUUGAGAAAGAAAAAGAGAGAGAACCAGCGGCGAUACCCGCGCGAGACAAUCUUCAAUUCCGACGACAUAGCACACAUACACACACUUUUUCCGCGGCAGUACGACCGACGACGACGAGCGCGCGAGAGCAUCGUCGAAUACCGCUCGAGUAUUCUCUUCGCGCUUUAUUUCGAGCGAGUUCACGUAAGAAACAGCGGGCCAAUGUCACGGGACCCUUUCGCGAGGUUUACUCCGCCGGCGAACCGAUCGUCCUCUCGACAUCUUCUUCGCGAAGCAGACGCGAUGCGAAUGAUGCGAAGCGCGGGAAUGGGUGGGUGGUUUCGUGGCUCUUUCGCUCUUUGGCACUCACCAGGGGGAUCGGUCCGUUCGUGAGGCGGAAGCUAUUAUCCAAAUCGUUCGUUGCAUGCUGAAGAACGCAUUCUGUCGCGCCGAGCUGCGUCGGGCCCGCGCUCGACCUACGUUAAUGCUUCUCUCCGAGGGCGAGAGGCCCUCGUUCUCGGAGGUAUCUUCAGUAUUCUCGACUACCCCGGCGAAGUCGAACGCUUCUAGGAGGGGUCGAGCCAGGUCCGAUCGUUCGGCCGAGAUCAUCAAGUCCCAUCACGCUGGCCCACGCGACACGACUACGCGCGUUUGUUGUACGGUCGUCGCAGGUGGCAUUUUUAUAAUUUGUACGUUUCAGUUUGGAGAUAAGUAUUAUCGCACCCGCACACGUAUCCGCGUUAUGAGACCAUGCAAUUACGCAGUUACACACAGACACAUACAGCAGACGUGACAUACACACACACACACACACAAUCGCAUACAACGUCGCGCGUGAGAUAAAUAAUAUCGACCGCUGAUUUAUACAUACACUUACAGAUACAAGUACACAUACACACAACAGACACGCAUAGGUACAACUCGCAGAUUUCUUAGUUAGAAUAGAUGCUUAGGCAUGUGUUAGGAUCUUAAUCGUAUAGUAAGCGACGAGAGACAAGUAAUCGAAACUAGGCGGAAAGGCGCUGCUGUGUUAAACAUAUCGCUAAUUAAAAAGUUUGCUACGUGCGAAGAGCGCGCGCAGAAAGUGUUAUUUGAGGCGGAUCGGCGGGUACUACUCGGGUCGCCUUGAGGAUGGUGAGCGUGCGAUGGAUGAUGCCGACACGCGGCGGAAAAGAAGUGAGGUCUUCCUCGAGCCAUGGACGAGCGCAUCCAUCGCGCGGCGAGCCCUUGUCUAUCACAUUGAGAGUUCCUGAUAUCAAAGCAUUCCUUCGGUAGUCGACAGUUGUGGGAGAAGGCGCCCCGUUAAGGAAGAAUGAGAAAAGGAAAAUAAGCAGGAUACAGAAAAAAAUAAAUAUGAACAUGUUGGCCAAUCAACGCGAGACUCCGUUAGACUCGAGGAUAUGCCGAGCAUAGACUCGAAUUCUCUUUUAACGAGAUAUAUAGGUAGAAUCGUGUGUUAACGGGGAUUAGAUAGGUCUCCUAAAAGCGAGCAGCAACAGCAUCAACUUCGGUAGGGACAGUCCUCGAGGAGCUCGGGAGGUCCUCGCCGAGAAGCCGUGCGUGGCGGAGUUUCGACCGGCCGCUGCCGCGACCACACGGGGAUUCCCGGUCGUUCCUCGUCGGCGACGGGAUUCUCCGAUCUCGUCCACGACAAGAGGCGCGCGCGCGCACCGGCAAAGUCCGCGCAUUUCUGUCUGAUCGACGUUCUGUUGGAGUCAAUUAAAUUUUACUGAUAUAACAUAACUGAUCGUAGAGAAAGAAAGAGAAUAAGAGCGAAGGCGCGUCGCGUGGAACAUUGUUGUUGAGGCGUAAAUGAGCGUGAACGAACGACAUAGAAAGAAAGAGAGAGAGAGCGCGAGAGAGGGAGAGCGAGCGAACGAGUAAUUGCGAACGAGUGCGAGAUAGAAAGAAAGGUAGAUGGUGGAAGGUAUUCGCGGGAGAGUAGUGUUGCGCGACUUAACGGAUAAACUCUACGUUGUAGGGGGUGAGGGAAGUAGUUUCUCCAAGUCGUGUUCUCGCGCAGCAAACGAGAUGGGGAAGAGCGACGAAACUGUGAAACAAAAUGCGAAUGCCGGCCUGAGCACAGGAGGAGACGGAGAGGGAGAGAGUGUGUGUUGUUUGUGCCAAAGUAGGCUAGCCGUUAAAAAAAAAGAACUCUAGAAUGGGAUCUCUUAAUGAGCCGUGCGAACGGGAUAUCCAUGUUCGAUCGCGCGAACGCCGAUUCUCAGGGUUCUGUCGCGCCACGCGCGAUGGACACGUUUCUCGUAAUGGGCCCGAAUCGGCGCCUCGCCGGUCGAGUACCGACCAAUCAGCUAGUUGUUUAGAGACGUAGCGAGUAGCCGGCAUGAGCGAAGGGGCCAGUCUUUGCAUCUAUGAUCUGUCUUUCGGACCUCUGAUACUACGUUAUUUACUUGGACUGCAUUUAUACAUUCUAACGUGACACGUUCCGAGCACACUGGACCGCAAAAUCGCCUAUCACGAGAGGCAUAACGAGAACAACACGCCCGUAUGUAAUCGACACACUUGCGAACACUUAACAGACAUACAUAUAUUACACACAUACCCGCACGUUUACAUCCACGCACACGCAGUUUUCAGUGCGCGACAUAGUUUCCUUGUUUUACCUUGCCUAAUGAAUUGAUCUUUCUCGUUUUAAUCGGUUUUAUUUCUCGUUGACUGUGCACUAAUCUAAAACUCAAGCAAGAGAGAGCGCUUUAAGUUUUCAUUGCUUCUUUUAUUCGGAUAAUUUUUCGGCUUUCGAGAUUCGCGUCUCGAGAAGCUGUACUUUUAAGCGUCUUACGUCAGUACUCUUAGCUGAUUUGCGCCGACACUUCUUACGUUUUUUGUACACGACCGACCUCUCGUUUGUAUCUCCUCAGUUGUCGCCGAAUGUCACGAGCGUUGUAUCGUAGUGCCACAGGGGGGAAGGGAGAAUCGUGCGGACCUCUCCCGUACAGAGUCGCACUUCCGGCACGAUAUCGUCUAAGCGUACCUGAAAAGCCUCACAAGACGUUGCCCUACUUCGAGCUCCUUUAUCCUCCGCGAGUCGCAACGUCGGAGCACCCCACCAAUCGCGCCAGGUUGCUAAUUCAAUUCUACUUCUUGUCAGCCGUUUAUUAACACAUUCCCCUGUCGACGCGUCCGCGCGGCCACGCGGGAUUACCCUGAAGUCAUCGACGGACAUCGUUUCAUCGACCACAUUUCCGCCGGCGUUGGCGCCGGUGAAAGCGUGGGCGAGAAACGCUCGUCGCCGAUGAUUUCAUCGUGAUCUCGCGUGCGCGAUCACACAUAUAUAUACACACACACACACGCACAUGCACACACAGCCAGCGUUUCCUUCUUCUUUCGGAAUCUCUAAUCGCAGCGCGACUGAUCGUCGUCGCCGAUGAAAUGAAGCCGCACGUUUCUUUCCUCGCAGGAUCCCCCGCGUUAAUAGCGACAAUCAAUCAGCUCUUCUGCUCGCGGGGGGGAAUCAGCGCGAGGUUCUCCCGUUAAUUGCCAAAGUAAACUCGUUUUGCAAACGACGCGCGAAUCGAUCCUCAUUAAGGGACUACUUAGUAGAAACGUCGUAUGGAAACGGGGACAGCUGUAUUAUUAUGGGCCGUAGACAAUCUACAGGGUGCCCGACGUCAAAAAUCGCACAAUCAUUCGGUUCACAGCCCGCCGCGUCGUACGACACGUUAGGUCGGCCUUCCUCCUUUCCGCUCGGACAGUCCUCGCGUGAUAGGCAAUGAGAGAAGAGGCACCCUGUAGACGGAUAGAUCGAUUAUAUCACUAGCUGGGUUGAGGGGGGCCGAGGUGAGGGUUGGAGUAGCCAGCACUCGCUACAUGGUGUCGUAGAUAUUCAGACUCCGAAAUUUCCCAAGACUCGUCGCGCGCGGGAGAAGUUGUCGAGCCUACUACUGGGAGAUCUGCUGAUCGUGUUCCCAUGCGCGGUGGAUGCCAAAAUCGCAAACCCAGCGGAGCGGGAGUGCCGAGGUGCGCGGUACCGAUCGUGUGCGAGCCGCGAGACAGGGUCUGCCUCCUGGUCGCGAGAUCGAGGACACUCUCGCGAGGAUUCGCCGUCGGUCGGGGCUCGUUCAUCUCGGCCAAGAAAGGUUCGCGAGUGGAGGAGAUAAUCGGCGGGCACGUACGCGGUGUAGAAUCGCACUUGGACCAAGGAAAUUCGGGGUCUGGUAGAGAGCCACGCAGUAGACGAAGCUUAGAGCCUACACAGAGGGUAUACUAUAAACUAUAUAUAUUAUAUAUUAUAGAUAAAAAACAAGUACACACAUACACACACAUAUGUACACUCUCCUCAGCGUAGAAACAUAGACACAGGAUAUACACAGGGCCAGACACACCCGCGAAUACACACACAUGCUCAUACACAUACAUAUAUACACACACACACACAGACGACCGUACACACACGACUUGUAUCUACUAUAUAUUUGAUAUAUCGCAUUGUAACAGGUGUGUCCAAAAUGCGCCGCGGCUGCAUCCCGAUAUAAUCUAUAUUUUAUUAAUAAGGGAUAAGUCUAAUAGAAAGAAAAGAGAAAGAGGGUUGCUAACGUUACGGAUUAUCACAUAAAUUAGAGAGAAGUUUAAACUAUAUGAAUUAUAUUGUAUAAUGCGGCGGAAUCCACAAGUACACACACGGAGCAGAAACGGGCAGGGAGAGAAAGAAAGAGAGAGGGAUCGCACGCAUGCACGCACACAUACAAACUCACACACAUAACACACACUACACGCAGCGUUUUUCAGCGCGAUCGCGGGCGGAGGUAUAUAAAUAUAUGUAUAUUGAUGAGUUUUAAAUGACUAUAUCUGUGCUAUCGUAGGUAUAUCGUUGAAAUUCAGGAUGGUCUGUGCUUGCCUAAUCGGGGCCUUAGGCGUCGUUCACAACUGAAAGGGACAAAUCUAAAAGAAAGGUAAAAAUAAACGCGCGAGACGUCGACGCGUCUCUCGACGACGGGACCGACGACGUUCUCUUGUCAAACUUUUUCCGUGUUAGAGUUAGGGUGUCGAAGAAGAGGUGAGAGGUGAACCAAACAGAGGAUAGGAGAAGGAGGAGGAGAGAGGGAGAGGCCAGUCGCGACGGCCAGAAGCGUCGAGCUGCGACCAUUACCGAAAUCUCGUGUUUCUCACGAUCAUUCUCUUGGCCGAACUCGAUCGACCACGUCGCGGCUGCCUCCCCUUUCUCGUUUACCGAAGGAACAAUACAUACACGGCGUUACACGGUACAGCGGCUUAGCGGGAGCAAGCAUCUCGCGAACACACGUACCCACACACACACAAAAAAAAAGAAAUAUAAAUAUAUAUAAAUAUAUGCCUACAUGAAUACACGUCGCACGAAGGGACGCAGCUUGAAAUUAAAAUUAAGUACACACUAGUUUAUAUCGUAAAGAGAUGAACAAGCGUUUAAAAGACACACACAGGGUCUCCAAAGUGCGGACGGUUAGCGAAGGUACGCGUGGUCUUCGGGAUAGGUCGUCGACGGUGAGAAAUAGAGAGAGAGAGAGAGAGCAGAUCGUAACCGAGCGUGAGAGCGUUUCGUGCGGAUCGAGCAAGUCGAGAUAGCGACCUCGCUGCCAAAUCCUAACGGGUCUAACAUGAUAAAAUCACGAGAAGACUCCCGCGGCAGAAUGACGCCUCGAUGACGUAUCAUUGACGCCAGACACGUCGUUGAAACGUUAUCGACACGCCAUUUGACGUCCUGAGGAUCGUCCUAACAUCACAUAUUGUUUCGAUGCAAAUUCGCCGAACCAAAUCGCGAGACCAAAAUGGUGACCACCGGGUCUUCGAUCGUUUACUUUUACGCCGUUAUCUCGACUGACGCGAUGGUGGCACGGGAACCAAGCGAGAUCUCUCCUCUAGGAAACACACGUCUCGACAGAUCGCUAGGUCUGUUCGGAUUAUUCGUUAGUGUGCCUGUCGGCUGAGUGACUCCGCGAUGUUUUUCUUGCCUGCUCUUACUUCCGCGAGAAUCACGCUGGUGUUAGGAUCCCGGGGAGAAAAGGGCGCUCCGCGUCGUGACGGGGACGGAACGGAGGGACUGUGGGGCGAGCGCUUUCCGUCCCGGAACGUUCACCUCGCGAUCCAUUGCACGUGAUCUUCGCACGAGGGGGCGAAAAGGCCGCGGCUCUUUAGGUCCCGAACGACAAAUUCUCGGUGGAUUUCUACUUGAAGGGGUAACAGCGCGAGACGAGAUACGUCGCUGUAGCGACGAGCAUAUGAGCGAUUGGCAGAGCGAAAUUUUCCCAAGUUAUCGUAACUUUCACUCGCGACGAGGAGAAAAUGAAGACACCGAGUAGUGUUCGAUGUCACCUGGCAAGGUGAAGCGUUUCUUCUCAAUAGGAGCGCGACGUUAACGCGCUCGCGCGCGCGCGAGGCACAGCUGAGGGAAAGGAAGAGUCGUAGAAAUGAACUGAGAAGUGGUCGUUGAGCUGUAGAAAAGUUGACUGAGCGUCUAGAAGAGAGAGAAGGUGGAGAAUGAAGAGAUUGCGGGAGCGCGACCGUGUAACGAGGAGAGUAGCGAGGUAAAAACAUUAGUAGCGUGUUAGAAUCGUGUAGUAGCUCCUUUCUAAUUAAGCCUGCAGACUAAGUAAUGUGUAUAGUUAAAUGACAAUCACUCGACUCUCUGUAUCGACAAUUGACGAAGGGAAUCUCUGAGCCGUGAUAAGCUGCCACGCACCGAAUUCCCCUUUCUUCGUGUUCCCUUCCUCCCCUCGAACCCGCCCUCACCUUAUCGUAUAUAUUCCCUUGCGAUUGUAAAUCUUUUCCUCGCACCGAUAUCGUGUGGACUUUCCUUCUCCCUGUGAGAGAAAGACACUUUCCUUCACCGAGCUGGUGGACGACCAGCGUGCUAUUCGCGAGCUCUCCAGAGGGGCAGGGGUGUGUAAAUAACGUGUGGAGAAGCGGAGAGGGAGACUCGAAAAUCCGUUGACUCGUCUUCGACUCGCGUCGUUUUGUCUCAUUUGUCCGAAAGUGUCUAGAUCGAUAAGUAGAUGAACGUUCCCCCCGCUAUUACUACACAAAUUGCUGAAAAGACGAUGUUGCGUCUUCGUUUCGCCCUGAAUUGAUUUUCCUUCUGCCCGAUGUUCCAACGAGAUUUUUUCACCGCGCCAUUACUUGAGUCCCUUGUCGGCCGCGUUGAUCAGCGCGAGAUGUUUGUGAAAAGAAUCGCAUCGGCGAAUGUAUAAACGCGAAGAGAUCUUUUGCCCGAUAAUACGCACUAGACGAUACUCGUAGGAUAGGCUUUCUGACAUUUUUCUGCCGUUUUUUUCCGAAACGAUUCGAGGUUCUUGCGCGAAAUCUCAGGUUGUAAAUACAUACGCUAAAUUUACGAUUCCUUCGAUAUCGCGUCGCUUUAGCCUCUCCAGCGAUCUUGCCGCCUGUUUUCCGCCUUUUCGCAGAAAAGAGACUCUCGUGCCCACGUGACGUGCCCCCAAAACUCCGUCUUUCGACUCUCACACUUUCCGAAAUCUAUGCCCAAAAAGAUCCUUGGUUUUCUGCGUCUACCUUCCUUCUUUCCCUUUCGUCUCACUCACAGACGUCGUUCUCCGGUCUUAUCGAUAUCCGGUGACGAUCUCGCGCGUCGCCAUCCACGAUGAAGGGAUCUCUCGUUUGAGAAAUAUUUUCUUUCCCGUCGUAUCAGCAUUUGCACUAUACAUAUGAAGCUCUGAAAAUUAUCGGGAUAAUUCUGAUCUUUUAAAUUUGCUUCUCUACAAUCUCGUAAUAUCACAAUUUGUUAGCAUUAUAUUGCUCUUACGUGAAGUAAUAUUAUAUAUUAGUUACUAAUUAUCUUAUAUAAGUAUUUAUAAUAUUAUAUAUAUAUAUAUAUAUAUAUAUAUAUAUAUAUAUAAUAUUAUAAUAUUAUCAUCUUAGGUAUCUUAUUAUUUUUGUAAUAUUAGUGGAAGUAAGAUUAGUAUUAGAUCGACUCACAGUCUUUUCCCAUACAAUGUAUUUCACGAUAUUAGACAUUUUUAUUGGAAAGUGAAAGAAAGCCAAAAUUAUUCUAAUAAUUUCUAAUGACAUCGAGUAUGCGCGAAUAAGAAAUCGGUAGAUCGUGCGAGAUCGCGUCAUCGGGAUUUCGAUCGCCGGCGAGGCGCGCUCUAAAAAAUCGACGAAUCUUAAACGCAAAAAAAAAGCUAAGAAAUAUAUAUAUAUGCGUGAGAGAAAACCAAUAUGGGCCAGGAAUUGCGUUGCAAGUCACAAUCAGCUCGUCUCCGGCAAAGCAGACAAUUUUCUUUUUACGAGAAAACUAACGGAGAACCAUUGUCAGAGCGGGCGUUUUACGGUUAAGCUCUUUCUUAGUAAGUUCGAUUAGGUAAUUAGUCGAUCGGUAGAUUGAAGGCGGAGAUGUCGCGAGCGAUCCUUUCAUUUGUCGUGCGUCGCGUAGCGCGACGCGAGCGCGUGCAACAGGGGAAAAAGGGAAGUAGAGGGGAGAAAAGGAGAAAAUUCGGGAGCGCAGGAGAUAACAGAGAUAACGUGGAGAUAACAGAGGAAGAAAAGAAGGGAGAGGAAGAAGAGUAGAAGUAGAAGUAAAAACAGGAGAAGGAGAGAUUUUCGGAUCGAGACGGAACGUGCGCGAUCCUUUCUAUUAUCGAUCAGCAUUUACGCGAAAGAGAGAGACAGAGACGCGCGCACACAUUCACACACGUUAGCAUUUACCAUGUACACAUACGAUACCCGAGGUAUAUAUAGGUAUAUAUAAAUAAAACGCGCGAUGUGUGCUAUACCUAUACUAUACAUAUAGGUAUGUGUAUAUAAACACACACAUACGAUGAUACUUUUUCACACGUGACACGUACGUUUGACGUUUGACGAUCUUCCACGUGCCUUCCCGGCGCGAUACGCUCACACAGAACACACACCUGUACGCCGACGCGAUAUGUCGUUGAUAUAUUAUUGUCGCCCAUGACCUUUUUAUACCUCGAACUCUCUUGGACCCUCUUUGGAAAAACGAAAGUACUUCUCUCCGCAUCGAUUCUCCGCCGACAGAUCUGGAGGCGCGCACGUUUUUUUACCCUCUUCUGCGACCGCGGUGAUCGACGCGUUGUACCUCCGCCACGAAUACUCGUUACGGCGAUGUAUUUCUACGUGUUACGGCAAAAAUUCUGUCAUUUCGUUUCCGUGCUGUCGAGUGCUCGCGGAUCGGAAAUCCAAAGUGCGUUUCUCCCUCGUCUCGUGUGACGAGGCAAACGUGACGUCACGUAAAUCGGUGAUACGUCUCUAGAAUCUCAUCGUGCAUUUUCACAUGGUGCGACGAUUCCUCUUUUUAUCUCUCUUUUUUUUUUUCUUUCGUUUACGUUACGUACGCGAGAACACUAAGUAAGGUGUGUGCUUCAGGUACUUCGCACAUAUCACAGCGCGCCCGCAAGAAUUUCGUUCGCGCGACUUUUUCCAGGUCUGUCUUACGCAUUAGCGUCUUACGAGUAUCCUGUUCUCCAUUUUGACGGUAUUAUCGAACGUAUCACAUUUAUCAUGCUACUUCUUCCCGCUGAAUCUGUCGUUUUUGCGUUUAUCCCCCCUCGCCUCUCGUAUCACUUACUUUAAUCUUACUUUUAUACUUUUAAUCGCCGCCGGUUGUUAUUAUCACCGUCGCUGCGAUUGCGUUCUUUACUAUUACUAGCGCUAUAAUUAUUAUUAAUAUUGUCUGCUCUUAUUAUAUAAUUAUCUUAUCCUUACGUUUAAUGAAUUUCUUCUUUUUUUUAAUCUUAGCAUUAAUGACGCGCUUAAUUGUGCGCCGAAGAGAGACUCCACUCUCUUCGGCGGAGACACUUUUUAAUUUGUAUUACUUUAGACCUCAUCGCGCGCGCGCGCGAUACUUUCUUGUGUGUAAUCGUUCUAAUUUUAGUUUUCCGAAUCACCACUCUCGAAUGGCGGUACCACUGUUCGUUGUACUUUCAUCUACCAUUGCGAUAACUACUAUUACUACUACUAUACUAUUACUAUACUACUACUAUCACUAUUACUACUAUUAGUACUACUAUUACUACUACUACUGUCAUUACUACUAUUACUAUCACUACUACUACUGUUACUAUCACUACUACUAUUACUAUGAUUAUUCUCACUAUCA